AGCAUCACUUGUGGCUAAACUCCAGGGUAAAUACAGGCCACAGGGCACACCCACAACUUCGGGCGACACUUCCCCGUCAGCACUGAGCAGAGUUCAGUUCAGCGGGGGAAGCUAUUUAUAGAUUCUACGAACCACGUUUUGUCAAGGGAAAAAAGAGAUAGAGGCUAGAAAUGAAACGUGCACACGCGCUCUCUGUGACUCCCCUUGGCACUUGGCGUGACCCGUAUCACGUUUGAAAAAAUCUGAGAGUUGGAGGAGAGUUCUUCAUGUCAGAGGCUGCUGUACACAGGGAACACAGAGUACUCAAGCGUCAUCAUCAUUUAAGUGCACAACAUGGAUGGCAAGGACCUUAAUGACCCCUUGAAUAAUAUGGCGUUGAUCAAAGAUGGCCAAACCAGGACAAACUUGGUAUCCUCAAGUGACUCUGACCAAAUGAUUCAGCGUUUAAAUGAUGAACUGCGAGAAGCUCAGGACAUAGCAAAUACAGAAAAACACAAACACAUGGAGCUACAAGCUUCCCUUGAAAAAGAAAGGAAGGAGAAGAAACAACAAUCUGAUGAGUCUGCAAAACAAAUUGAAGCCCUCCAAGGCCAGCUGCAGCAACUUCAUGUGGAGCUGGGCAGUCUCCGAGAGCAGUUGAAAGGUUCUUCCAGCUCUCAGGAUGAGCUCCAAAAGGCCAAAGAGGAGGUGAAGUCCCUGAAACAAGCCCUGGACGAGGCUAAAGCAGAGAGGGACAAGUGGCAUCAGACAGCGACCAAAUAUGAGAGAGAGAUGGAAAACUUACAACAUGAUCUUCAGCAGCAGAGUAAGCAGUGGCAAAAGACUGCAGAAAUACAAGCCAAUGAGCUCCAGUCUGUGCAGCUGGAGUGUAAUGGGCUGCAGAAGGAGUGUGCCUCUCUGCGCUCUGAGAAACAGGAGUCUAUGACGAAGCAUCAGAAGGAGAAGUCCAUGUUACAGAGUGAAUGUGCUGGACUGAAGAUCGAGAAGGAUGAACUGACCAAGAAUCACCAGAAAGAGAAGAGCAGCCUGCAGAGUGACUGUUCAAACCUGAGAUCUGAGAGAGAGGCUGCAAUACACAAACAGCAACAACUGGAGAAGGACCUGUCCAGUUCACGUGCCAAGAAUACAGAGCUGACCAACAGCCUGAAAAACCUUGAAAAAUCUCAGCAAGACCUGGAAGAGAAGCUGGCAUCUUUAGAGCUCCACCAUCAAGAGGAGAGUGCCAAGCUCCAAACACAGCUGGACGAAGCAAAUAGCAGAAAUGACUCUCUGCAGAAGGAGUAUGAUAAUGCCCUGGCAGAGUUUUCCAACAUUAAAGAGAAAUAUGAAAAGACAGAGCACCAAAAUCAGAUGCUGACUGAAGAACUAAAUCAGUGCAAGGAGAGUAUCAAGGACAUACAGGAUAAGGGGACAAAGACUUCUCUAUUGCUGCCCAUUCAAGCCAUAGCCAUCGGCCUUGUUCUGGCUUUGCUGCACUGGUGCAUUGGCGCACUGUGGUAGAAAGAUGCCAUGGAUGAUCUGGGGACCAGUGGCUGCUGUGGCUGUUACCGCGGUGACUGCUGCUGUGCUUCUCCGGACAUGAACUCAGUGUCCCACAAAGCACCUCUUCUCCUCUUCACUAACAUAAUGUCCUCUUUACCAUAUCUGCACUACUUAGGAGGGCUCCUUCGUAACACUGUUAGAUUUGCUAUGUUUUAAAUGGCAACAGUAUUAUUGUUAUUAAUGCACUGACGGUAGCUACACUGUGGUACUGGAUAGAGAAUUAGACAUGUCAACAUUGUUUACUGUGGUUGAUAUGCGCUUGCUUUAUGAAUGUACCAUGGACGUAGAUGGAAAAGAUGGGUGAUCUCUGGGCAAGAUAUCUAUACUGUGCUGUGUAAAGCUCCCAAGAUGGCUUUUACAGAAUUGGUGCAUUUACAUAGAACUAUUCCAAGGCACUGAUCCUUCUCGCAAUGGUGAAGAUGGUGUCCUGUGUGUUCCACACCUCUUAAGAUGUUGCAACUCAAACACUAACACUAUAUGCUAGUAUAAACCAGCUGUAUGACAAGAUUACAAUUUGAUGGUUAAUGGAUGUUGAACCGAGGUGGAUGCAAAUAUAGUAUUGGCAUAUUCUUUAAUUUAUGAACAAGAAAUGUGUGGAGUGUUCCCUUUAAAUGUUAUUAAACAGUAUCCCAUUA